AUGGAAAAGAGCAAGAAAUUAAGUAGACCGCCUUCUCUAAGCGAGCUCGUUAGCCGGAUAGACACGGACAAGAUAAAUCAAGUAAAGUUGCAACAGCAGCAGCGAUUGUCUGAUGAGAGGAGGUAUGCUGCUCGAAAAAUACUCACCCGACAAGAAAACACUGGAGUUGCGAGUGCGUCAUCGACGCCUAAUAAACAUUCACCUUCACUGGCGAAAAUACAGUCGCGAUUUGGUGUAAGUGAGGACAUUCAAGACCAUAAAGAGAAGAAAGAUGAUGUAGAUUUACAUCCACUCCAACAUUGCUGGACUUUAUUUUACGAUUCUAAAACAUCAAAUACUGCACCGACAAACAGCCCACAGCAGCUAGGUCACACUGAUAAGGGUACGUAUGAAGCUGGUUUGAAUGUUAUCCAGGACAUGAAAACUGUUGAAGAUUUCUGCAGAGUUUGGAAUUGGUGUAAGCCACCAUCAAAAUUAGAAAGACACUCAAAUUAUCACCUCUUCAAAGACGGCAUAAAGCCGCUAUGGGAAGAUCCGUCAAAUUCAAAUGGUGGGAAGUGGGUGAUUAUCGUUAGAAAUAGUCAUUGGCUGUUAGAUAGAUGCUGGACAUGGCUAGUGAUGGGUUUGAUUGGCGAGGAAAUUGACGAGGAUGACGAUAUUACCGGCGCUGUUGUCUCCACUCGUCCUCGCGGUGACAGAAUACAGAUCUGGACGCGUAUGACAUCAGUUGAUAAGUGUAACCAACUUGCUGAGAAGUUGAUAAAGAUGUUGGAAAUUGAUCAAGAUAAUAACAAAAACAUAAGCUUAGAUUUUCAAUUUAAUCAGUCUAACCCACCACCAACUACAGAAUUCAUCAACAUCACACCAACACAAUCAAGCAAUUCACCAUCAACUACAACGACGCAAAACUCGCCUGGUGGUUUCAAAAUACCUCAUACGCCUCAUACGCCACAAGACAGAUGGAGAUCGCAAUAA